GAGGUCACACUCAUUCCCUCUUAACCACUUCUCAUUGUCAUUGCAUUCUCAUUCCUUCUUCCACCUCGGGCAUGCAAUCCAUUUUAUUUAUUUAUAGCAAUAAUAAAUAAAUGAAAAAAGUACCACCAUUCUUCCACAACAGUUGAAACCUGAAACCUAAAAAGCUGCUCAAUACAAAUACACCGUAUACUAUACCUAAGCCACCCUUAACACCCCAACCACACUUAAUAACAUGCUUCCCUUUCGGAGAUUCUACGGCUUCGAGAGCUGGCUAGACCACCACUCAUCAGCCUCCUUGAUCAAGAAAGCAGUCCAGCUGGAGAGUGACAGAUCAAAAUCAACGGAAGCCUGCAAGAGCCACAGGGAAGCCGAGAGGAGGCGCAGGCAGAGAAUCAACGCUCACCUCUCCACCCUACGCUCUCUCCUUCCCAACGCUGCCAAGUCUGAUAAGGCGUCGCUGCUCGGGGAAGUGGUGGAGCACGUCAAACGCCUCAGGAAGGAGGCCGAUGACGUGGCGCGCGGAGACGACCCGGCUUCGCCUCAGCCCUUUCCCGGGGAGAGCGACGAGGCCACCGUCAGUUGCUGCGACGGCGAGGGGCGCCUGAGGGCCACGCUCUGCUGCCAGGACCGCCCGGGGCUCCACCGCGACCUCUCGCAGGCGAUACGGGCGGUCAGGGCCAGGGCGGUUCGCGCCGAGAUGAUGACGGUGGGGGGACGGACCAAGAGCGUUGUGGUGAUGGAGUGGCCGGAGGGUGAAGGUGGUGGAGCCAAGGAGGAGGUGGGGGCGCUCGAACGGGCUUUGAAGGCGGUCAUGGAGAAUCGGGCUUUGGUGGGCUUUGGAAUGGGCCCCGUUGUUUUGGGCCAGAAGCGAGCUAGGGAUUCUUAUGGUUCGCCUUCUACUGAGGUUGACUCUGCCUCUGCUUUCUUCUUCAGGAAUGGUGGAGUAUGUUGACGAUUAGUUACUAUACUGUGUUAGCUAGCUGUGUUUGCUUGUCACUUUUCUUUCGUUAACUCAAUAUUUCUACCAAAUGAAUUGCCCAUGGUAUAUACACACCAUGCUCUAAUUAAUGCUGUAUUUUAGUAUUUUAGGAAA